AUGGCCGCAACAACAACGAAGAAGAUCUUCAUGACCUUCUUGCUCGUGACAACAACGGCUCUCUUGGCUUCAUGCUCUGCGAAGGUCUACAAAGUCGGAGACGCCGACGGAUGGACGACCAAGGAUGAUGUCUAUUACAGUUGGGCUGAAGGUAAAGAAUUCCACGUCGGAGAUUCUUUGGUCUUCGAAUACGACCGUAGCUUGAACGACGUCACACAAGUCUCCGGCGCUUUGGAGUACCAAUUCUGCGACUCUUCUUCUCCCAAAGCCGUCUACAACACAGGGCACGAUGUCGUAACCCUCACGGAACCAGGGUUUUAUUACUUCAUCAGCUCAAACCAUGUUCAGUGCUCGUUGGGACAGAGACUCGACGUUCUUGUCGUCCACGACCCGUCGCGUCCGGUUCCUCCACCACCACCGAGCAAGAUCCUUCCUUUCGGAAAAACCUACAAAGUCGGUGGUGACGCUAAAGGAUGGAGUGUUCCUGAAGAAAGUGAGUUCUAUAACAAGUGGAGCGACGAGAAACAGUUUCUUGUUGGAGACAAUCUUGUUUUCGAAUACAACGAGGAAGUCAACGACGUCUUAGAGAUCAGCGGCGAUCUUGAAUUCAAAUACUGCGACCCUACUUCUCCUGCUGCCGUGUACAAGACGGGACAUGAUCGCAUCACGCUCACCAAACCAGGAGUCCACUAUUUCAUUAGCUCCAAGACAGGUCACUGUGAGGCUGGGCUUAAGCUUCGUGUCGUGGUCGGACCAACACCCAAUGUUCUUCCAAAGUUGUCACCGUUGGACCGUCUCACUAAGCAUUCGGAUCAAUUACUCAAGCUUAUGCUACUUUCUUUUCCGAUUUGGUUUUGA